GCGCGAGUGACUGCGCUCUACGCCGAAGCACUUGCCGCCGACACUGUCUUCGAGGAGCCCAUCUAUGUGCUGGGAAUGAAAGCGUGUGAGGCGGAGAGUGAGUGGCAGCUGGCUCUCCAUGCCUUGGAAAAGAUCGUCCAGCAUGGCGUGGUCCGGCGAUUGGAUGCAAGGAUGCUAGGCUCGGCUCGGGCUGCCUGUCUCAAGGCAGGCCAGUGGGAGCUAGCGUUGCAGCUUUCUCGGCAGCGCCGGGACACAGGGGCCGAACCUGACGCCUUCCACUUCUCGGUGGAGAUGUUGGCCCUGGAGAGGCAAGGGCGUCUCGACCUGGCAAUAAAACUCUUCGAGGAGAUGACUUCGCAGAGUGUGACGCCAAAUCAGUAUGUAUACUCGACUCUCAUGGGAGACGGCACCGACCCCACUGCGUGGCCACGAGCUAUAGCGCUCCUGGAGGACUGCGUGGCGCGCGGCGUCGAGUUGGAUGCAGUCCUCUUUGGCAAGGCGCUUCGUGACUGCGCCGCGGCCGAGGAGUGGGAGGUCGCCAUAGAUCUGCUCCAGCAGAUGCGGGCGUCCAUGAAGGUCACUGCUCCCGCCCUGGCUUCUGCGAUCACCUCCUGCAGAGGUGGCCAAUGGGAAGCUGCCCUCGCAUUGAGAGCCUCUGCGUGGCGGAUGCAGCUCAAGCUGGACGUCCAGCUGUGGAAUUCCGUCAUCUACUCCUGCGCAACGGCCGGGAGAGCAAAGCAUGCGAAGGCGCUGCUCUCUGACAUGAAGGCAAAAAAGCUGGAGCCGACAGUGGAGUGCUACAACAACUGCCUGUUAGCGAUCUCGCAGUCGUCAUCUUCCUCCACCGCCGCCAAGCGCUGGCUCACGAAGAUGGAGCAGGAUGGAGUUGAUCCAACUACUGUGACGAUGAACAUGCUU